CCCAUGCGACCACUUUACAGGAAGUAGACUGUCAUCUCGUUGUGUCCUUUAGCUGCUGAGCAAUUUGCAGGCAAAUGUUUUGGAAAGAUGACUUAAACUGUGCCUAAAGGGUGUAUUUGAUAUCUGUUCGCGUUAAACUGCUGUCGGUAACAGAACCAUGCUCCGUGUUGGGAGCAACAUUGCCUGCAUGGGCUGCAGGAACCUGAUCCACACCAAUAUGGGGGUGAGAUUUCGGCUACCGCUGCAGAAGCUUCACCCACUUUCCCGGGCCAUCCAACACCGUUACUCGGGCAACACCAACUCGCACAGACCACCUCAUGUUACAGCUGUCUGGUAUUUGACCUCUAUGUCCAGGUUGCCCAUUCGCCCGCCCAGGCCUCCCCUAGGGUUAAGUAAUCCGAGUUACCAACAGAAACGUGGCUUUUUUAUUGCUCGUGCAGUUGCCAGGCUGCUGAAGCUCCGUUACAUUUUGCUGGGCACGGCAGCAGGAGGAGGAUACACUGCUAAAAAGACCUAUGAUGAGUGGAAGAACCUUCUGCCUGAUUUCAGUCAGUAUAGCUGGAUUAUUCCUGAUUCUGUCUGGGAACUGAAAGAGCAAAUUGAUUUUGAGAAAUUGACCAAAGCUCUACCAGACAGGGAGGACCUGGCCAAGCUCUUACCUGACUUUGACAAAAUAGGAGAGAAUUUCUCCUUCCUCAAAAGUAUCCUGACCUCGGGUGGGAUUUUGGGUAGUGAAGUCAAAGGAGCUUCUGGUCUGCUGCUUUUAGAAACCUCAGGUGAUCCUGCACUGAAAGCCACCGAUACGUCUAAUGCUGCUACACAAGAUAUCAGCGACAAGCAUUACAAAAAGGAUCUGCUUGGCGAGCUCAUUCUUAUUCAGCAGCAGAUCCAGCGUCAUGAGGAGGAGGUCCAACGCGCUGCUGCAGCUCACAAUCUGCCUUCGAAUCCCCCUCAGCAGAAACACAAGUUAACAGACAAAGAAAAGAUAGACCAACUUCAAGAAGAACUGCUUCAUACCCAGCUAAAAUAUCAACGCAUGCUGGAGAGACUUGAGAAGGAGAAUAAAGAGUUAAGGAAAGUGGUGCUGCAGAAGGAUGAUAAGGGAAUUCAUCAAAGGAAAGUUAAGAAAUCCCUUAUUGACAUGUAUUCUGAAGUCCUGGACAUCUUGUCUGACUAUGAUGCCAACUACAACACCCAGGACCACUUACCCAGGGUAGUUGUGGUCGGGGAUCAGAGUGCUGGGAAGACGAGUGUGCUUGAAAUGAUCGCCCAAGCCAGGAUCUUCCCUCGAGGGUCCGGAGAGAUGAUGACUCGCUCUCCUGUUAAGGUAACACUUAGUGAAGGUCCUCACCAUGUGGCUGUUUUCAAGGACAGUGGUCGAGAAUUUGAUCUAUGCAAGGAGGAGGAUCUAGCUGCCUUGAGGCAUGAGAUUGAGUUGAGAAUGAGGAAGAGCGUGAAGGAGGGCCAGACUGUCAGCUCUGAGACCAUAUCUUUGAGUGUCAGAGGACCCGGAAUCCAGAGGAUGGUGCUUGUUGACUUACCAGGCGUCAUCAGUACUGUGACUACAGGCAUGGCAGUGGACACCAAGGAAACCAUUUUCAGCAUCAGCAAGGCCUACAUGCAGAACCCAAAUGCAAUCAUCCUCUGUAUUCAGGAUGGCAGUGUAGAUGCAGAGCGAAGCAUUGUAACAGACCUGGUCAGCCAGAUGGACCCCCAUGGGAAAAGGACCAUCUUUGUCCUGACCAAGGUGGACUUGGCUGAAAAGAACCUUGCCAGUCCAAGCAGAAUACAACAGAUAGUAGAAGGGAAACUUUUCCCGAUGAAGGCCCUGGGCUACUUUGCUGUGGUAACUGGAAAAGGGAGCAUUGGAGAAAGCAUAGAAUCUAUUAAAGACUACGAGGAAGCUUUUUUCCAGAACUCCAGACUUCUAAGGGAUGGAAUGCUGAAGGCCCACCAGGUGACCACGAAGAACUUGAGUCUGGCUGUUUCGGACUGCUUCUGGAAGAUGGUUAGGGAAUCUGUUGAACAGCAGGCCGAUGUCUUCAAAGCUUCCCGCUUUAACUUGGAGACAGAAUGGAAAAACAAUUAUCCUCGCCUAAGAGAGCUGGACAGGAAUGAGCUAUUUGAAAAGGCCAAAAAUGAAAUCCUGGAUGAAGUCAUUAGCUUGAGUCAAGUGACCCCACAGCAUUGGGAGGCUAUCCUGCAGAAGAAGCUUUGGGAGCGUGUUUCCACCCAUGUGAUUGAGAACAUCUACCUGCCUGCUGCCCAGGCAAUGGAUUCUGGCAUUAACACCACAAUAGACAUUAAACUCAAGCAAUGGACUGACAAGCAACUUCCACACAAAGCACUGGAGGUUGCCUGGGAAACGCUGCAGGACGAGUUUGCACGGUUCAUAGCUGAAUACAGGGGCAAAGACCAGGAUGACAUUUUUGACAGGCUGAAGGAGGCUGUGAAGGACGAGAGCAUCAAAAGGCACAAGUGGAAUGAGAGGGGCCAUGGACCAGCGUGGUAAACACUCAGGGUAAUUCAACACAAUGCCUUGGAAGAUCGCUCUAUCACAGAUAAACCUCAGUGGGAUGCAGCAAUCCAGUUCAUGGAGGAAACUCUACAGUCACGCCUCAAAGACACUGAGUCGGUAAAAGAUAUGGUGGGUCCAGACUGGAAGGAGAGAUGGUUUAACUGGAAGAACCGUACAGCAGAUCAGCACAUCGCAAUGAAACAAAAAUGCACUGAACGCUUGCUGAAGCUUCACUGGACAACACACAGCCUAUUUGGCCAUGAUGAGGUCACCACUGUGCAAGAACUUAGAGGGACGAGGGUAGAAGUAGACCCCAUCUUGAUCAAGGACACAUGGCAUCAACUGUAUCGUCGGCACUUCUUGCAGAAAGCUCUGACCCACUGUAACCUCUGCAAGAGAGGAUUUUACUACUACCAGAGACAUUUCGUUGAUUCUGAAUUAGAGUGUAAUGAUGUGGUAUUGUUUUGGAGAAUCCAGAGGAUGCUGGGCAUCACAGCCAACACUCUCCGUCAACAACUAACCAACACAGAGGGUAAAUGGCGAUUGGAGAAAAAGGUGAAGGAGGUGCUGCGAUGACUUGGGGGAAGACAUGGAGAAUAGACACAACUUAUCACUGGCCGUCGAGUUCAACUGGCCGAGGAUCUCAAAAAAGUCCGUGAGAUCCAGGAGAAACUUGAAGCCUUCAUAGAAGCUCUUCACAAGGAGAAAUAAGAA